UGUCAGCUGUGCUUUCGACGAAAUUGCGUUUCUAAUCCCCUAAUAUUCGUUUUCGAUAGUUUUUGUUUUCAUUUCUGCCUUAAUCCAUUGCUUCUUUUGGCCCUGCAUCUGAGUAAUCUGGAAAUCUCAUCAUUCAUAGAUUUCUUUAUUAAAAAUUCAAAAUAACAUCAAAAUUAGUACGAAACAUCCUUGCCACUCGUCUUUUCAUUAAGAUAAUGGGAUUGUCAAAAGAACAAGAAAGGAAUAUAGUCGAAAAUGUUAUUCGUUUAGAAGACAUAGCACUGCUUUGGAAUGAUAAUUGCAAGAUGAAGAACCCAGAGCGGGUGAAACAAAUAUUUAAUGAAUUUGUAAUGGGUGGUCCUGAUAGACUGCAGGUGGUUUCAGAUUUUGACUAUACUAUUACCAAACAGCGUAAAAGUGAUGGAUCUCCAGUUCUAAGCAGCUUUGGAAUAUUGAAUGCAUGUGAAUCCUUGCCAACAAAAUUUAUUGAGGAGUCCAACAACCUACAUAAUAAGUAUCGACCCAUUGAAAUUGAUCCGCACUUACCUAUGGAUGAAAAAGUUCAAUGCAUGAUUGAGUGGUGGACGAAAACAGGAGAAUUGUUGGUAGGCUUCAAAUUGGAACAAAGUGAAAUUGAUGCAGUAGCCAGCAAAUACAAGGAUUCACUGCGAGAUAAUUCACAUAAACUUUUUGACACUUUGAACAGAUUAAACAUACCAGUCCUAGUAUUUUCUGCUGGCUUGGGAAACUCUGUCAUUUCAGUUUUGAAACAAGCCAAUGUAAUGUAUCCCAACGUGAGUGUAAUUUCCAAUUUUUUGCAAUACAAAAACGGUUUGCUCGAUGGUUUUCAAAAACCUAUGAUACACAGUUUCAACAAGAACGAAACUGCUCUUGACCGUCAUAAGUACUACGAUUUGGUUCAUAACCGUGACCACAUUAUUGUUAUGGGGGAUUCUCUUGGAGACGCUGACAUGGCAAAUGGUGUACCGGCUUCCUCACAUAUUAUAAAAAUUGGAUUUCUUUACGACCACGCUGAAGAAAGUUUGGAGAAAUACAUGAAUACUUUUGAUAUUGUGUUGAUUGAUGACCAAACAAUGAAUGUACCAUUAGCAUUGUUGGAGGCUGUGGAAAAAAAGGAAGCCGUUCGCAACAUUUAGACGACGUUUGCAUGCAAGCAUAAAACAUAAAGGUUGAUAUUUAAAAUAUAUAGUAACGAGAGAUCCCUCUAGGUAUCUGAUUCAAAUUAUUGCAAUUUUAUAAAUUUGUUCAUUAUGUGUUGCAUGUUUUAUCGUUAUUUUUAUAUAAAUAAUGAAAAUAAAAAGUUAGUCUGCAUAUUUUCCCCAUAA